GCCGCGAGGUUGGUACUGCCGGAUCGCGACAGUAAACUUGAAGACUGGUUCAGUACCACGUGCAGGCGACGGGACAGAAAGCAGUGGUCCACACGAACACGGGACACAGAACCUGAGGAAUUUUUGUGGGGAGUAAGACUCGUACGAUUUUAAAGACGCACGGUGCAGUGUUUGAUUAAAUUAGUGUACGAGUGAUUUCUGUGUUGGCUCCUUGGUGAAUACGUAAUGAGGGGACGUGUUUGUGUGUUUGUGCGCGUGCGCUGAGCGCUGAGGUUGUAUCCGGCCGGGCAUAUGAAAAACAUGAAGACGGGGAACUGAGGUGGGGUAUUUUAGUCCUACUGCCUGCCAAUUGGCGUUCCCUUCUUUAAAAAAAUUAAUACCUCCUCCCUUUCUCUCCCCUUCCAUACAUCGAUAACCCUCUCUUAUUGAUACCUUCCCCCUAUUAUCAUCCCCGGCAAAUGUUAUUCAACUGGAACCAACGUACGCACAUGCAACGGCUCUUGUGAAUUUCAAGGUUCCGGUGCGGCCUCCACGUGUGUUGAUUGGUGGUUGUGAUUUGGGUAGUGAAAAGCAAAUUGAAGUACUUCGCGACUAUGCCAUGGUUAUGCAAAUACAGAAUCUGCAAUUACUAAAGUGAUUCGCGAGUUGUUACGCAUUUGUUUUCUUUACUUCAAACAAAUAUCACCGCGCUCAUGUCGCCAGCAUGACUGAUUCGAGGGCGACACUGUGUUGGUGAUCUUCGGUUUCGGAUCGCUAUCUUCAGCGUGCACUGUUUCCCAUCAGAAUAAUGCGAGGAGCGGUCUCCUCGUCGGCUCGUCGUUUCGAUCGUGACCCAACACAGAAGCGACUCUGGCGGAACUGAACACAGACGCUGUACGGCGCUGGGUGGAGGCGUCCGCGGUCGCCGCCUCUGAAGCAUUUGGCAACAAUAAUACCGAGAAGCGAGACAACAACAACACGAUUGAGAGUAGCUGUGUGAAGACAGGCCAUCAGUGGUUCGGCGCCGCGCCAGCUGCAGGCCACCAUCACCACUGGUGGCCGUCCUGGCGCGACUUCUGCACAGCGGCGGCGGCCAAAUCCGUGGACGCAGCCCCCGAGAGCCCCCCUGCAAACACCCACAGUCCUCCCAUGCCCAUGCUUCUGCAGCAGCAACCACCAGCGCCACAUGAAGAGCAACCCUUGGAUUUCUCGGUUGGAACUAUGAGCAAAUACAAGCAGCUUCCGCUUAAGAGCCAGGGUCAGGCGAUGUUGCAGCAAAAUGGUGGUCAUCACAUAGUCAGACAUCACAGGAACAAUAACAAACACAACCAAGACCAGAACCGGAGAAGUUAUCAUCAGCAGCAGCAGCAGCCGCAAGACACUAGUAGCAGUUCCUCGGAAGACGAAGGCGUUGGCCCGCCCUCCCCGACGGCAGUUGAAUCACCCGGACCACUCCGAGGAGACGAUUCCUGCGUCCCUGCCAUGCGCGAACAGCAGUACUGCAAAGGACACGGUAAAUUAUGGAUCAACGAUACAGACGUGUCUUGGCGACGAGAAGUGCAGAAAGAUGAAGAUCGCACCACAACACUUCACGCGAGACUCGGGAUCGACACUGCCUCUGAUCCGAUAGGAAGAAUGGACGUAGAUCCUGUUUCGCCCGCAACGCGCGACGCCGGGCUGAACGGCGAGGUCAGCAACGACGACCACAGCAUCAGUAGCGACGUCCCGCCAGACCUGGCUCACGACGGGGACUCCGUGGACUCUGAGAGGGAAGCCCUGAAUCUGGUGACUGAAGUUUCUCAGCGCAACUCCGGCGGAAGUGGCCAAGCGAACGGCACGUCCAGUUCUCCGAGCUCCGGGGUCAGUAGUCAGGUGACGUCGACCAAUGUUCAGGCAGGACAGCUGUCCCUGAACCAGCUGAUGAGCCUGGGGGCGCAGGGGCAGCAAUUGUUCCUGCAGAACCAGCUCGCUGUGGCUGCAGUGGGGCAGAUCCCAGCGCUUCCUAACCUGGCUGCACUUGGCCCACAAGAACUGCAGGCGCUCCAGCAGACUCUUCAGCAACACCACCAAACGCUACAGCAGCAGUUUCAGCAGUACGUCUUGUUUCAGCCGGGUGCUGGAGCUCAGCUACCGGCACAGGCGCAGUUCUUUCUUCAGAACCAGGUACAGCAAGCUGUUGUGCAAGCAGCUCAACAGUUGCAACAGCUUACAAAGCAGCAACAACAGAACAGCACACAUCAGAAUCACCACAGCAGUCCCUCUAAUCACCAUUCUCACCAUCACUCAGCUCUCACACACCAUCAUAACAGUGUAAAUCAUCAUAAUCAUCAGUCACAGCUACCUCCAUCAGGACCAGCUGGAGUGCCACAUCAUCACAUCAGAACCCCUCAGUCACGGAUGUUAGAACCGUCGCCAGAAGAAACCACAGACCUGGAAGAGCUAGAACAGUUUGCAAAGACAUUCAAGCAGCGUAGGAUCAAGCUGGGUUUUACGCAAGGCGAUGUUGGACUUGCUAUGGGAAAACUCUAUGGGAAUGACUUUUCACAGACUACUAUCUCAAGGUUUGAAGCUCUGAACCUGUCCUUUAAGAACAUGUGUAAGCUAAAGCCCCUACUUCAGAAAUGGCUUGAAGAUGCUGACAACUCCCUUAACAAUCCAAAUUCCUUGACUAAUCCCCUAACAACGCCCGAAGCCAUAGGGAGACGUCGAAAGAAGAGAACGUCUAUUGAGACCAGUGUAAGAAUAGCAUUGGAGAAAGCAUUCCUUCAGAAUCCCAAACCCACAUCUGAAGAGAUAGCAGUGCUAGCCGAGAGCCUUACCAUGGAGAAAGAAGUGGUCCGGGUUUGGUUCUGCAACAGACGCCAAAAGGAAAAGAGAAUCAACCCUCCAAGUGCUGCAAUGGGAAGUCCAACAAUCUGUUCUGUGGCUGGUCCUAAUUCUUCUAGCAUGUUUGCUUCUAUUGCCAACUCUUUAGCUGGGGGACCUUUGUCAGCAAUAGGGAAUCCUAUCUCAUUAGUAACAUCAUCACCUCAUAGCUUUGUUGGAGCUGGGGGAGCUGCUGGUGGACCACAAGCACCUGCGGUGAAGACUGAAUGACUGUUCUCUUAUGGUCCAUGAUGAAGACCAUCAGAGGUACUGCAAGGACUGGCCAGAGACAAACACUCUACUGACGUAUGUUGGAGUGUAGAAUUAUAUCAAACUCGCAUGCCUCGCAUCCAUAUCUAUUCUUAACAGACGUUAGAACAUUUCUCGAGUUGAGGAUGAGAUUAUAUUACAUGAUAAAUAGUUGUAUUGAUGGUGAGAAUAUAGUAAAUAUUGAGAUACUAAUUCUUUACUUGUGGUGUUUAUAUACAGCAUAUACUUUUGUGGUUAUAGAAGUUCAUUUUUAAAUAUUAAUGGAAUGUUUAGAAAUCU